UGCCUAGUUGGUAUAUAGGGCGAGCAAGUCGGACAAGUCCGCAACAUUCGCACUAGAGGGCACAAUAGGAGCCGGCUGCGAAUUUAGGCCGUCCAGCACGCACUUAGCGGUAGGUCACAUCGAUUCACUCUCCACUGAAGGAAUUCCUCACACUACAGACCAACAUGCCGGUGUUUGAGAAGGAGACGGGUGCCCUGGCGGUUACCGACGAGACAGUCCUGCCUGUCGGCGGGAUCCAGUCCAAACAGACGCCGAAGGAUUCACUGGUCGGGGCCGGCGACAAGCGGGCAAAACAGUCCGCAGGCGACACCGGGGCAGAAAAGCCCAGAAUGGUGAAGAUGGUGAACCAGGACCUGGAGGAAGUGGAGACUCGCACCAUGACACUGGAGGACUGGCACAACAAAUGGCGCAGGGGCAAGACCAAGUUCCACAUGUCCAAGGUUCACCCGAACCUGCAGAAGUUCUAUAACAGGAUGAUUCAGGGAGAGGGAAGGAAGCGGAUCUUCGUGCCCAUGUGUGGGAAAACCCUGGAUAUGAAAUGGCUUUCAGACAAGGGACAUGGCGUUGUGGGAAAUGAAGUCGUGGAAAUGGCAUGCCGCCAGUUCUUCGAAGAACAUGACCUGCAGUAUACAACAGAGAGGAUAGAGGGCGUGGAAGGAACACUUUUCAAGGCCACUGAUAUUGACUUGCAACUCUUCAACUGUGAUUACUACAAAUUGACCAGUGACGUCAUCGGGACGUUUGACUGUAUUUGGGACCGGGGAGCCAUGGCGGCAGCCAAUCCGGAGGACAGAGACAAGUAUGCGGCAGUCAUUGUUCCCCUGCUGAAGCCCACCGGCGCCUACCUGCUGGAUCUGUUCGAGUUGGAGAACACCGUGUUUGCAGGUCCGCCUCACGGUAUCUCCGAUGCCAGAGUGGACGAACUGUUUGCCUCCAAGUGUAACAUAGAGGAGCUGCUGAGAGCAGACCGGAUGGGGGACUGGCAGAGGUCGUGGGGACUGGAUUCCUUCAAGGAGGUGGUGCGUCUUCUCACGCCCAAACAGACAUGAGCGCCCGGCACGACAUGGGACCAGGUCCUGUCACAUACGCCGUACCAUCGUAGUCAUGCAGGUGUUCUGCAAAAUUCAUCAGUACAGUCGUGUUUCGUACGGCGGUUGCUUCUGUUACAGUCUGAUUAAGAAUUCUACGGCAUCAAAUCGUACGACGACCUACGACGUAAUCAAAUCUCCAGCCAAUCAGCAUCCAGCACUUGGUAUCACUGUUCUCCAUAUAGUCAUUCUAGUCACCAAACGACCGAUAUAUGUAUACGUAAUUUGCACUCUACUAAAUAACCUUUGAAGAAGCCUACUUUUAAUGUGGUCGUGAUAGUUGCACAGAAGCGAGUCAUGGUAGGUUGGUGAUAAACGUACUCUGUACUUAUGUAGCCAAAAGUGGUAUUUAUAACAAGUUAUAACUGUUAUUUGUGUAUCUUACUAAUCACUCAUACAUUUCACGUUUGAAAAGGGUAUGGCUGAGGCCUUUGGGGGUGUCAUAGAAAUACUUAUGUCGUCAUGUACAUGUAUGAGUAAAAUGAUUUUCUGUAUUUCUAAUCCUAAAAAGCAGUCAAUGUGAAAACGUCGUUUGUUUCUUCUGAAGAAAUAAAAGUAUAACUUCGUGUAA